AUGUUCAAGAAGGUGAAGAGUUUCCAGAUGGUUUUCAGCGAGCCCGAGAAGGUUUAUUGCAGCGGGGAGAAGGUGGCCGGGCGGGUGCUGGUGGAGGUGGCCGAGGUGACCCGAGUCAGCGCCGUCAAGGUCCUGGCUUGUGGGGUGGCCAAAGGCAACUGGGCCAAGGGGCCCCAGCACUGCAGGCAGGAGAUGGAAUAUCUGCGCUUCGAGGACGUGCUGAGCCUGGAGGAGCAGCCCACGGAUGAGGAUGGUUCUGUCAUCCUGAGACCCGGCAACAAGUACGAGUACAAGUUCGGAUUCGAGCUUCCCCAGGGGCCUCUGGGCACCACCUUCAAGGGGAAGUAUGGGUGUGUGGAUUACUGGGUGAAGGCUUUUCUGGAGCGUCCGACCUUCCCGGCACAGGUGGUGAAGAAACGCUUUGAGGUGAUGGAUCCCGUGGAUGUGAACACCCCGGAGCUGCUGUCCCCAGUUGCUGCCAAGAAGGAGAAGAAGGUCUCGUGCAUGUUCAUCCCCGACGGGCGCGUCUCGGUCAGCGCCCAGAUCGACAGGAAAGGGUUUUGUGAAGGCGAUGAGAUCUGCAUCAACGCCGACUUUGAGAACACUUGUUCCCGCAUCGUGGUGCCCAAGGCGGCCAUCGUGGCCAAGCACACCUACCUGGCCAACGGGCAGACCAAGGUCUUCUCCCAGAAACUCUCCUGCGUCCGUGGCAACCACAUCAUCUCGGGAAUGUCCGACUCCUGGCGCGGGAAAACCAUCCGUGUCAAGAAGCUCAAACCCUCCAUCCUGGGCUGCAACAUCCUGCGUGUGGAGUAUUUCCUGCAGAUCUACGUGAGUGUCCCGGGCUCCAAGAAGAUCAUCUUGGAGCUGCCCCUGGUGAUCGGGAGCCGCUCGGGCAUCAGCAGCCGCAGCUCCAGCAUGGCCAGUCAGACCAGCUCCGAGAUGAGCUGGGUGGAUCUCAACCUCCCUGACGCUCCAGAAGCUCCUCCCUGCUACCUGGACAUUGUCCCUGAAGACCAUCGUCUGGAGAGCCCGACCACCCCCCUCCUGGAGGACCCCGACAGCUUCGACAGCCCCAUCUUCAUGUACGCGCCCGAGUUCAAGUUCAUGCCUCCCCCCACCUACACGGAGGUGAGCAUCUCCAGAGGGGGAAAUUCCCAGG